AUGGACAAACCUACAACCUCGACUGUGAAAGACACUGCUACUAAACAAGUAUACUUAGAAAAUGCAACUCCAGUGAGUAAGGAUACUAAUAAAAUUUAUAUGAACCAACUUGGAUUAUUUGUGAAGAGGAGCAAAGUUCGUCCAAGACUACUGACAAGGCAUCAAGCUCUAUUCAAAUCAUUAAAUAAACUUCUAACCAU